UCCAAGGUUUCCGAUUUUCAGCGUCCACAAUUGUGAAUAUGUUACAUAUAACAUGCAGUCGAUGUUGCAUUUGGUUAUUCUGUCAAUAUAUUUAACUUCGACAAAUUCGUACUUAGAUUUCAGCGAUUUAAGGCGACGUAUAAUUUCGCAAAUUCAACGACAUCAAUCGCUAAGAAAUAAUAAUAACUAUUUUGAUAAUGAUGCAAGCUCUAAAUACGGCCCAUGGAUCGGAGAUAAAGAAAUCAUGCGAGCUCGUUCGGAAGACACAGAAAACUAUAAUCACCAUAAAGCUGAUGUAAGCGCAAUUGAAGACAGGAAUGACAUCACGAAGGCACGCCAAAAGGCUCUAGUGUUAUCUAAAGCGAAAGGCAAAGAAGCAGAGUUAAAUGAGUUAAACGUGCUAGAAAGUGGGGAUUUGAAUAACCGCAAAAUGCGCUAUCAUAUGGAUCCCGUAUUUAAUGUAUUACGAAGUGGAAGCUUGAGAAGGUACUUAGACGAUGACGACUCUGAAAUCGUAAGCUCUAGCAGGGAACUUGGAGAUUUCAAAGAACAAUUUAAGGACCUAUGGCUUCAGAAGAAGUAUGAAGCACUAAAUUCUUCAUUACCACCUGGAGACCAAGUCAACAUGGUGGCUGCUCGCCCUUGGGGAGUAAAAUGCGGUGAUCCAAAUCAGCACGAUAUGCCUUGGGGGACAUGCAUGUUGGCCGCGGAAUGUGAUGCUGAAUAUCGCAUAUUUAGAGGCGACAUCUUCUGCGGUCGCACUUCAUUUGGCUGCUGCGCUCUCGAGGUUGCGACUUACGACAUGUAUCAAGGGUUUGACUUAUCAUUUGAGGAUAAAGGCUUGUCAACGGACACUGAGGAGAUGCAGCACGAUGAAAACAAAAACACGAAAAAAAAAGAUACUGAAAAAGCCAAGAAGAAGCGGAAAGACGCCAGGGCGAGGCGUAAAAAGAGAAUAAAAAAAAAUAUAAAGAAGAUUAUGAAAGAAAUCAAUAAAAUUCUCAAUAGAAUCUAUCAAAAUUCUUCGAAGCAGAGGAAGAAGAGGUCGAAGCAGAUGAGGAACUUAAUUAAAAAAUUGAAGUCUGAAUAUAAAAAGGAUCGGCUCGCUGUUAAAGAUCUUCACGAGGAGUAUAUGAUAAAAAUAGAUGCGGCAUUGAUGAAGAAGCUUUACGAAAUAAAGAAUAUGAAUACCGAAUUCAUGAGAAACGCGACUUUUGCGAGCAUAGUGGUGAAUGGCACAAUGUCGAAGGAGGGGGCGAGGAUGUUGAUUCAGGCGUAUCCGGAGCUGGAAACUUACAUGAGCAAAGCGCGCCGCUCCAGCGGUGGGAAUAAUACCGCAGACUAUUUAGAGUAUGACGUAGAGUACGGUUUCCUUUAUUAUUAGGGUCCAUUCUUAGAAUAAUAACGCAUAGAAUGAUAGUUUCAUAUCAAACGAACUGUCACAAGUGAGGCAAAAAUCAAAUUCAUGUAGGCUAGUUUUAGUAGUAGGUUAAUUUUCGGUUUUAGUGAAU